AUGGCCGACAACGAUGAGCGGCCCGAGCGGCCCGAGCGGCCCGCGCGCGCGGACCAGACGCCAGAAGAAAGGCUGCAAUACAUGUCGAGGAAACUGGCCGAUCGCCUCGGCAACAUCGAAGGACGACAAGAUUUGUUGUAUUAUUUCAUCGACACUGAGCACUGGGUGCCGGUCAGCGUCCUCUUGAUGGACAAGAGCCUCCGGCGCACCGCCUUCCGCGACGCGCCAAGCAUCGCGGGCGCCUCCCAGGGGCACAGCGCCUUCCAAUACGUGCUGCGGGCGGCGGAGGCGCAUGAGGACCUCUCCAUUUCCACCCGCCGCCUCGGUGCCUCCGUGCGGCUGAACGCUGUGAAGCUGCCGGAGGUCGUCGAAGAGGUGAAACGUCGCGUGGAUGCCGCCACCCCUGCCGUGGGCGCCGCGUUGGAGGUGACGGCGCUGAAAACGACGGCGGCGAGCGAGCUGAAGACGGUGGCCCAGCCAGCCGAAGAACCGGUCUUAGGGGAGAUUGACAUGAAUGUCACCAAAGAGGAUUUGGACGCCCGAGCUCCAAGGCAUCAUGUCCAGGCGGUGGAGAGCAGCGCGCGAAACUGCAAAGGCGAGCUGGGGCAUCUCUUGUCCAAGCGCCUGCAGCGUCCCACCGUCAAGGACGACAUCAGGUAUGAAACCUGGAAAGUUUCCGAAGCUCGGCUGGAGCAGUUAGCCUUUGAGGUGGACGAUAUUCUCACGUCUCCGACAAGACCCCUGGGCCACGUCCCUUCUGGGGAAGAACAGACUCCACUGGAAGCUGAACGAGUUCAUGGGGAAAAGGAUCAAGUGCCUAGCUUCAAAGCCCAGUGCAUCCUGCUGGGUGAGACCUAUGAAAGUCGCCAGGCACAUGGCAACAAAAAGGCCGCGGAGCAGGUCCAGCAGUGCCCACUGCGUGCGGAAGUUGGUGAAGAGCUUGGCGAAGAGGAGAGGGAGGGGGAGGAGGAGGAGAAGGAGGUGGAGGAGGAGGAGGCGGAGGAGGCUGGGCUUUCUGGUGCGGAGCAGACUUUUGGGGCAGCUGCGAUGGCUUUUGAGAUCAGCUUCGGUGCUCUUACAGGCAUGAGCCGAGCCCAGCAAUCUGAGAAGCCGUUCUUAAGUCAUUUUCACCAUCGGGAGAUCGGGAUGGACGUGGCUCUGGUGGCUUUGGAGGCCUUGCAGAAUGAGCCGCCAGAUGAGAAGGAUGGCGCGCAGAGUGUGACGACUUCGGCCAACCAGGAGGUGAUCAUCGAUUACAAAGGGCAGUUGAUUCAACUCUUUCAGAGUCUUGGAAAGUCGAAGGAGGUUCGUUUUGAC